GUGUCAUCCCUAACCUCUCUUGUUGUUUGCUUCGCUGAAUUGUUUCACUUAAUUUUUAAUUAAAAACACGAUAACGUUGUGAACAUGAUUGGAAGCAAGAAAAAAUCCAAAAAGGCGAAUGUCUUUAAGGAAAUUGAAGACAAUUUCGAGCAGCUGACCAGCAAUCCAGAGCGUUUCCUCAAGUUUGUUUGCCAACCCGCCGCGCACGUGUUUUACUUUUCUAAACAACUUUUAUUGCAGGCCCAACCAGACCAGAUAGACGCCAUUGAGCAAUUCAUCCAGCAAACUUACAGCGUGAGUAUCAGUGGCGAUGUGGCGAACAAGAAGGACAUACUGCCGGAGCUGGUUCUGGAGCACAUGGAUGAAGAGCAGAUUUGGCAGCAGCUUGAGAUACGCAACGAGUUGGUGUUGGAGCAGCUGCUGGAGAGCACAGCCCGGUUGACGGCUAUGCGGGAACAGCAUUUGGGCAUCGAACUGGAUGAUGGCGAAGAAGAAGAGCAGGAGGGGGAGCUGGAGGAAGAAGAUUUUGCUGAAGAGGAACAAGAGGACGAAUCGGAUCUCAGCGAUGAUGCAAAUGAGAAGCCAUCGAAACAGAAAGCCAUUGCACCCAAACGAAAACACGGCAAGCGGGGGCGUAGCUCUAUAGUGGACGACACCUUUUUCAAGUUGGAGGAAAUGAAUGAAUUUCUGGAGCAGGAGGAUGCCAAAGAAAUGCGCCGACUGGACAGCAAGCGGAGAGGGAAUCAAAUGGAUGAUACCAUCGAUCACUUUUCGGCGAAUUUCGGUCUUGACGACAGCGAUGAUGGAAAUGUCAACUAUGCGGACUUCUUUGAUAUGGACGAGGAACUCGAGCAGCAGGCCAAAGACCAAGGCAAAGGCAAGCAGAAGGAUUUCUUUAACGAAAACGAAAGUGAAGAUGAACAGGACGAGGAUGAAGACGAAGAUGGGGACAAUGCAGAGCUUGAUCUGGCGGAGGGCAAACAAGGCGAGGAUCAAGAGGAAGUGGCCAGUGAAAUAGAUGAAUCAGAGUUUGUGGCCAAGAGUGGCAUCGAACCAGCUAGCGACAGCGAAUCAGGUUCUGACUCUGAGAAGGAAGAACAUGACGAAGAGGAAGAUCAAACGCCGGCCGAACCGCCCUCCAAAUCCUCAAAUGAGCUAAGAGAGGCCCGCUUGUUUCAACGCAUUCGUGAUUACGAGGACGUCGCUGGCGAGAAGCCCUGGCAGCUCAAGGGAGAGGUAAAAGCGGCAAAUCGCCCGCAGAACUCGCUGCUCGAGGAAAUCCUUGACUUUGACUCAACAACCAGACCUACAGCGCCAAUUACAGAGGAGGAUAAUCGCUCCAUCGAGGACAUUAUCAAGCAGCGGAUACGUGACAAGGCCUGGGACGAUGUGGAGCGCACAGUGCGUCCAGUAAACACGCCACAGGAGUACCGCAAGCAGCUGGUUCUAGACCAGGAGAAGUCCAAACAAUCUCUGUCCCAGAUCUAUGAGGCGCAGUAUCAGCGCGAGCUGGAUAAGCUUGAUCCCAACCGUGAUGCGGACGAUAAAUCCGGUCCGGAGCCAAAAGAACACCAAGAAAUCAAGCGAGCCAUGCGUUCGCUCUUCCUCAAGCUAGACGCCCUUUCCAACUUCCAUUUCACACCCAAGCCGGUGGCGCCAGAGGCUAGGAUAGACAAUACGCCGGCAGUGCACAUGGAAGAGGUGGCACCGGUGGCAGUGAGCGAUGCCAAGUUGCUGGCACCCGAGGAAGUGUUCCGCGGUCCCAAGCAUGCUCUGGGCAAGGCUGAACGCGACCGAACGGACAAGAACCGCGAACGGCGCAAGAAGAAACAGAAGCAGCGAGCCAUCAAUUCGGCCUUGGAGAAACGUGAUCUGCAGCGCGCCAAGGAGGGCAAGGCGCCAACGAAGAGGGAAGCGGAUGCCAAGCUGCUGAAGAGCAUCACCAAGAGUCGAAAUGUUGAAAAGAUCAACACGAGCAGUAACGACCAGGGUGCUUUGAAGUCGUCCAAGGCGUUCUUCAACAAGCUGCAAGACACAACAGCGGCAACUGCUAGCAAUAAGCGACCCAAGAAGGAUCCGUCAAAGGCGAAUGCCAAGAAGCUCAAGCUUUAAUUGUACAAAUUAAGAUUCCUUCUCCCUCUGUUAAUUGCCUUUUGCCUAGCCAAGUUUUCGCCUCGCCAGUCACGUUCUUGAAAACGGUCACAGGCACACACACGCCCACGAAGGAUUUCUGGUUAAAGGAGAGCUCUGAUGGCUCCAAUUUGGUGCACCAUGGGAGCUGGCAUGCGCCGGCAUUUCGAGGAUUCCGUGUGCGAGUGUCCUGCGUGUGUGUUUUGUGUGUGGGCGGAUUGUGUGAGUCUGAGUCAAGGACUUUCGGCGGUGGCAUGGCGGGGCGAUUAGGCACACGUGUAAUGUGCAAGAUGUGACUAUUUUUAGAAUUAUUUUACUUAAAAUAAACUGUUUGCUAUUUAAAUAGA